AUGGAGGUGCGUAAAUAUCUACACGAAAGCCUUAAUAAAAUUAUUUAUAUUGUAAUAAUUUUAAUUUACACGAAAACUAUUGUUGCGAACGAAAAUGUUAUAAAAGGUAGACAAACUUUUGUUGAUUGUAUUGCUCAAAAUGGCGAUAAACUAAUUUACAAUCAACAUCAUGAGGCAAAUGGAACAUUUUUGGGAGUUCAAAAAGAAACCAUUCUAUAUCCAGAAAAAGGAGAUGAAAGAGAAUAUAUUAUAACUUGUAUAAAGGUUUAUGACAAUCGAGCUUUAACUGGACCUAAUGAAGGAAAAACAGAAAUUAUCAGUGGCGGGGUUGGACAAAAUUCAGUUAUAAUUCGUGUACAAUCUGCAAGGAGCAAAGGAUAUGAUCUUGAUGUUGAAAUAUGGGGUAGAAAAAUAUAAACAAUUAAUCCAACACCAAAUAUCAAAGGAAGAGAUGCAAAGUCUUCAGUCUUACCUCUAAACAACACGGGAUUUUGCGCUUAUACAUUACGCUCUUUAUUUUGGAGUCGGAAAAACAGGCUUUUAGCACCUCGUCCUUUGUUCAUGCAAACUAAUAUUAGUAUAUAAAAUAAAUGUAUAAAAUGUUAAAUUUGAACUAAAUAGUAAAAAAUAAACACCUGUAAAAUGUAUCUGGUUAGUCUUAUACAAUUUGAAUUU